CGGCCGGUCCCUCCGGUCCCCCGGCAGCAUCCCGGCCCCGCCAUGGCUGGCGUCGGCUUCGCGGCGCACCGCCUGGAGCUGCUCGCCUCCUACCAGGACGUGAUCGGCGAGGACAGCCCCACCGACUGGGCCCUCUACACAUACGAGGAUGGCUCUGAUGACCUGAAGCUGGCAGCAUCAGGAGGUGGAGGUUUGCUGGAACUUUCUGGCCACUUUGAGAUUCAGAAGGUGAUGUAUGGCUUCUGCAGCGUCAAGGACCCCCAGGCCGUGCUCCCCAAAUAUGUCCUCGUCAACUGGGUGGGUGAGGACGUGCCGGACGCCCGCAAAUGCGCCUGUGCCAGCCACGUAGCCAAGAUUGCCGAGUUCUUCCAGGGUGUGGAUGUCAUUGUCAAUGCCAGCAGCGUGGAGGACAUUGACCCCGGGGCCAUCGGGCAGCGGCUCUCCAACGGGCUGGCCCGUGUCUCCAGCCCGGUGCUGCACCGCCUGCGGCUGCGCGAGGACGAGAACGCCGAGCCCGUGGGCACCACCUACCAGAAAACCGACGCCACCGUGGAGAUGAAGCGGCUCAACCGGGAGCAGUUCUGGGAACAGGCCAAGAAAGAGGAGGAAUUGCGUAAGGAGGAAGAGCGGAAAAAGGCGCUGGAUGCCCGGCUGCGGUUCGAGCAGGAGCGGAUGGAGCAGGAGCGGCUGGAGCAGGAGGAGCGGGAACGGCGCUACCGGGAGCGCGAGGAGCAGAUCGAGGAGCACAGGAGGAAGCAGCAGAGCUUGGAGGCGGAGGAGGCCCGGCAGCGCCUGAAGGAGCAGUCCAUCUUUGGGGACCAGCAAGAGGAGGACGACAGGCAGCAGUUUAGGAAAUCGGAGUCAGAGGUGGAGGAGGCUGCUGCCAUCAUCGCUCAGCGGCCUGACAACCCCCGGGACUUCUUCAAGCAGCAGGAGCGGGUGGCAUCGGGCAGCAGCGAUGCUGUCUCACCAGGCAGCCACAGGACAGGUCGUCUGCACUGUCCUUUCAUAAAGACAGCUGACAGUGGGCCACCUUCUUCCUCCUCCUCCUCCUCCUCCCCCCCACGGACCCCCUUCCCCUAUAUCUCCUGCCACCGCACUCCAAAUCUCUCCUCUUUCUUCCCAUGCAGCCAGUCGGACGCCUUCCGCAAGGCCUCGGCAGCGGGCUGCAGCCCCUGCGAGCCCAGCCCGGCCGCCACGCCGCUGGGCACCCCGGGCACCCCGGGCACCCCGGGCACCCGCGCGCCCGCGGACCAGACGCCGGCAACGCCCAAAGAGUCCCCCAGCCCCAGCGCACAGGAGCCCGGGCCAGCCACGCCCGAGCAGCACUGGCCCUUCCCGGGGCCCGAGGACAAGGCCAUCGAGCCCCCUGGGGACGAGCCCAGUCCCAGGCCAGUGUGGACAGCGGGGGGUGAUGCCCUGGGGGACCUGGUGACCCUGGAGCCCACCGAGCCCUCCCUGCCACCCGUGGCUGACGAGCCCCAAACUGGGGAAGCCCCCAACCCUGAGAGCCUCAUCGACCUGUGGCAGAGCGACGGGGUGACUCCCCCAGCUGCCUGGCCCCUGCCUGCUGCCCCUGUCCCCGAGACACCUCCGGCCAUGCUGCCUGAGGAGGGGGCCCUGCUAAGCCUGGAUGAGCUGCCUGAGCCCCCUGCCACCUUCUGCGAUGCGGAGCAGGAGGAUGAGGAUGAGGAAGAGGCAGCUGGCGAGGGGGACCCCCAGUCCCAGGAUCUGGGCUGCCAGCACACGCCCCAGGAAGACACCCCGGGCCGAGAGACGCCCCCCAUCACCAAUGGGGAGAUGGCCCCCAAGGAUGGGACACCGGGUCGUGGGGAGCAGGCCAGCGAGGGCUACUUCAGCCAGUCCCAGGAGGAGGAGGUGCCCCCCACCGAGGAGCUGUCGGCCAAAGCCCCCCAGCCCGUCUUCUACAACAAGCCCCCAGAGAUCGACAUCACGUGCUGGGAUGCAGACCCUCUGCCCGAGGAAGAGGAGAGCUUUGGGGGGGCCCUGUAAGCGCAGGCCCCGCUGCCGGCACAGGCAGCCCGCCCCGGCCGGCGCGGGGCACGAGGGGGCUGCAGCCGGGGGCCGGGCCCCCCUCGCCCCUCUGGGGCCCCGCAGGAUGAGGCCUCCAGGUGGCGGCCGCCCCGCUGCAGCCCCGCCCCGGGGCACCUUUUACAGCCCCCCCUUCUCCUCCUCUCUUUUUUAAGUUGUCGGUAGGAGCCG